CCCAUAUAACUCAUGACUUUUUGCGAGCGAACAUCGCUACUUCCUGUGAAUUCUAGCCACAUUUCUCGAUGAUUUGGCCACUUAUUUUCAGUUGUUAACUAUUUUGUAAUUACAGAAUGUACAUUUGAGAUGGCGGAGUUUGGAGCCCAUCUGACCGCUGCAGGAGCGGAGGGCGACGAGAAGCCGUCGAUCUUCGAAGUGUUGGCGCAGGAAAGCUUGAUGACCGCCGUCCGUCCGGCUGUGAAACACGCCAGUAAGAUUCUUGCAGAGAGGAACCCUGCUCGAUACGGCUGGCUUUACAGGUUCAAUGAUGAGAUCUACACACUACUAGACACUCUACUACAGCACCACUACCUUAGAACAUAUGGAGCCUCGUUUGCUGAGAACUUCUACGGUCUGAAGAGGAUACCGAUUCAUGGAGGUAAACUUCGGCACCAACAUCAACUGAAAUCUCUUGCGUUUCUCACUCUUCUUCCGUAUCUCAAACUCAAACUUGACCAAAGGUUUGAAACACUUCAAGAGCAGGAAGCUGACUCAGGGGGUAUCAUCAGCGAUGCAAUUCAAGAACAGUCUCUGUGGAAGAAACUGGAGAGAACAUUCCGUGUCAUAUAUCCUUAUGUUCACAUGGGAUGGGAAGGUGCAAUGUUGUACUAUCAGUUUGCGUACAUUUUUGACAAGAGUCAGUAUCACUCACCUUUGUUACACAUCGCAGGGGUGAAGUUGUGCAAUCUUAGCGCAGAAGACAUACAGGUGCAGCAGAGCAAAGGAGCACUAGAGACACUUGCAGGUGGGGGUGGUAGUAAUCAGGGUAACAUUGCGACAUUUAUCGGAAAAGCGGCAGUGGUCACUGCAGUUUCGGUUUCAAGCGCCCUUUCUGUGGGUGUGUUUUUCCUACAGUUCCUGGAGUGGUGGUAUUCGGAGGAAAAUCAGAACACAGCAAGGGCUGUGUCGUCGUUGCCCGCCCCUCCACCCCCCGCGGUAAAACAUGAUGGUACAACCCCCCGUUUCCACCCGUCUGUUUGCCCUGUUUGUGGCAGGGUGCGAACAAAUGACACGGCACUGUCCACGUCAGGACACGUGUUCUGUUAUCCAUGUAUCUACAACUUUGUACAGAAACACCAAAGAUGUCCCAUUACUGGAUACCCUUCUGCUAUUAACCAUCUCAUCAAACUGUACCUACCUGAUUGACGUUGUAUAGAGGAAGUAGAAUAGAGAGGUUAAUGCCCCGCCCCAAGGUGUAUAUGGUGAGUAAAUCCCUUGUCAGGUGCAAUAAUCACUGAAUAAACCACCAAGUGAGCGUAGUGUAGGGCCAGGGAUUAUCUCAACAUAUACAUAUACACCAAGGAUAAGGUGGGGCUUUAACGUUAUCACAUUGCCUAUCUAACUGACACUGUUAUAUUUGACACAACUUCUGGUUACAGCCAUACAGGGGUGUUAACAAGGGUUUGCUUACUUCUGCAGGGCCUAACAUCUGACUUUACCCAUAAAAAACAUGUCAUUCUGGAACUUAUUGUCAUGAAAAGAUGAGACAGACUAUACACAUGCACAACUGGAAUUUUUUGAAAAUUGUUUUUAUGCAUCUUUGUCAGAACUUCUUACAUUGCAGUGGAAAAUGUUUCCUCAUGUUAAGACAAUUAAGCAACUCUACUAUAGACAAUGAAUAUGUACAUUGAAUAUUGUGGCGGAUAUUA